GAAAUUGUGAACCAGUGAAGGUGAGCGUCAAUUCAAGAAAAGUAGUCACCCAAAUUGGUGGAAGCGGGAUUAAUGUCAACGUCGUGUGCCGUGUGCCUUUUUAUAUGUGAAUCUUCUGGACGUUUACUCUUUUUAUAAGCUGAUAAAUAUUAGGUCCCCAAAGUGUUAAACCAACGCAAACAUGCAUUAUUAUAAGCCGAUAGCAAUACUUAUUGUUUUGAUCUGUCACACUUUUUAUAACCCGACCGAUAGUGGUGCUGUACAAAUUACACAGAGUAAUUUAGAUAUGGUUCUAGCUUCCAAUGAGGUGGUUUUUAUAAACUUUUAUGCUGACUGGUGUAAAUUUAGCAAUAUGCUGAUGCCCAUAUUUGAUGAUGCGGCGGACGAAGUGUCAAAAGCCGGGUAUGAUACCGGGAAAGUGGUUAUGGGAAAAAUUGACUGUGAUAAAGAGCCAGCUAUUGCUACGAGAUUCCACAUAACAAAGUAUCCCACACUGAAAUUGUUUAGAAAUGGAUUACCAGCUAAAAAAGAAUACAGAGGACAACGGUCAGUUGAAGCGUUUGCAGAAUUCAUCAAAAAACAACUUACUGAUCCCGUUAUAACAUUCGGAGCGUUGAAAGAGCUUCAUAACUUGGCUGAAGACAAGAGACACAUCAUUGGUUACAUGGACAGAAGGGAUCAACAAGAAUAUGAGGUUUUGAGGAAGGUGGCUGCUUCUCUGAAAGAUGAAUGCCUGUUCCAUGCUGGCUUUGGUGAUGCAUCUCAACAAAUGCAUCCUCCAGGUCAGCCCAUAGUUGUAUUCAGGACAGACAAGAAAACAUCAAAUGAGCCUGAUGAAACCUAUACAGGGUCUUUGCUCAAUUUUGACGAGCUAUACAGUUGGGUGCAAAAGAAAUGCAUACCUCUAGUUAGGGAGAUCACAUUUGAAAAUGCGGAGGAGCUUACAGAAGAAGGCCUGCCGUUCCUUAUUCUUUUCUACCAUCCUGAUAAACAUGAAAGUAUUAAGAGGUAUAAAGAAAUUGUUGCAAGGGAAUUGGAAUCUGAGAAACAAAAUGUAAACUUUUUGACUGCUGAUGGAGUUAAAUUUGAACAUCCCCUGCAUCACCUUGGCAAAUCAGUGGCCGAUUUACCAUUGAUUGCUAUUGACUCAUUUAGACAUAUGUAUCUGUUCCCCGAUUAUAAAGACAUGGAAAAGCCUGGAAAGUUGAAGGAGUUCUUGCAAGAUCUAUAUUCCGGAAAGUUGCACAGAGAAUUCCAUUAUGGCCCUGACAAUCCUCAAGUUUUAUUGAACGCAGAAGUGAAAGUAACUACACCGCCUGAAUCUACUUUCAAGAAAUUAGCUCCAUCCAAAAAUAGAUACACCCUACUCAGGGACGAAUUAUAAGGCCAUUUAACAUUUUAUUAGUAAUUUAUAAUUUAAUUUCACUCUAGCACGUUUUUUUUUUCUUUUCACCGAAUGGGUUUUAAUUUUAUUUGUGAAUGCUCAAUUGAAAAAAUAGAAAUGUUAAUAACACAAUGAAAUAUCUGUGUAAUUAUUGUUUUUCUUAUACAAGCUAUUCCUAUGUUUGACAUAAAGCUAUUAUUAUUACUACAUUUUUUUUUUCUUAAAUAUUUCCAUUUUAUAAAUUUAUAUUUCCAUUUUAUUUUAUUUUUAUUUAACUCGUGCAAUUAUGUAUUAACAUUUCAUCAAAUUCAUGAAAUUGUGAGUAACUAUACAGGGGCCUUAGACAAAGUAACAAUUAAAAAACGAUAACGAAGUUAGAAAAGGCAAAAAUGUAUGGGAUUGACAUAAGAUAGACCACGUGAUCUAACGCGGCGUAUGUCAAUCCCAUACAUUUUUGCCUUUUCUAACUUCGUUAUCGUGUUUUAAUUGUUACUUUGUCUACAGGCUCAGUAGUAUAUCUUGUGGUAUACCUAACUAGUGACGUCAAUUGGCGACUCGAAAUCAUUUCUUAAAAUUUAUUAUAUAAAAAAAAUAUAUUUAAAUGUAGGUAGUAAAUAUAUCUCAUUAGGCUUUAAAAAAAACCGAUCAUGGAAAUGUAAAUUUGCAAUUUUUCAUGCAUUUCUUUGCCUUCUUUUUAUUAAAAUAUAAAGUUUAAGGACGUAAAUAAGCCAUUUCAUUGAUUAACUCAUUCUAAUUUACUUAGCUGUAAUUUUUAAUAUUCAGUGAAAAAAGCAGUGUCAGAAUUUAAAACAUUUAAGCUGUAUUUCUAUGAAAAAAUAUGUUAAUAUAUUAUUAUUAUAAAAGUAUGCUUAUAGUAUUUAAUUUAUUUUCAUUUUAUAUAAAAUAUCAAGUUAAGAAGCCAGGUAUAGCACUUUAUUAAGUCUAAGAAGUAUGCACUGUAUGUUUGUAUUCAUAAAGAUAAGGGAAUAUUUCUGCACAUAUUAAUAAACUGCAUUUAAUUAUCUGUUUAUUCUUUAUAUUAUCUGUGGAGUUUUGAUAUUUCUGUUUCAUUUACAGGGUGUCCCACCGUCGGUAUACUAAGCUCAAAUGAGGCUAUAGUUUUGCAUACGCUGAGUACGUAAAAAACACUUAAAAGUCUAGACGCUUUUUUUUCAAAUAGAUGAUUUCUUAAAAUUAUGUGUACACCCCGAACAAGCAACCCGCCAGACUUUGCCACCCGCAUGUCAGGUAUCGUUUAAGAUUAUGUUUUCAUGGACAAAAUGCUCACAUUAGCGAAGCGGGAUAUGCCGGCUGCGCGAAGCUAGAGACGACAAAAUGGAUUUUAAGGAAAAAUUUAGCAAAAAAUUUUUGA